CUCACACUUAUAUUAAUGUUUGUUAUAUAUUUUUGUGCACAGAGGUUCAGAGAGUAGAAUGGGUGAUCGAGUGCAUCCUCGUGACUCACCGCCGGCGAGUUUACCGGUGUCUUCGAACAAUUCCGGUGAAGCGGUAGGGCAGCCUGCGAAGCCGCAGUGCCCAGCCCCUGCCAAGCCGGUUCCGCCGCCGGGGACUUACGUCGUCCAAGUCCCCAAGGACCAAAUCUACCGUUAUCCUCCGCCGGAAAAUGCUCGCCGCUUCAAUGCACUGAGCAAGCGGAAGCCUCGCAGGAGUUGCUGCUGCCGUUGCCUCUGCUAUACUCUCUUUCUGCUCGUAGCCCUCAUCGUCGCCCUCGGCGUCGCCGCCGGAGUCCUCUACCUCGUCUUCCGCCCAGAAUCGCCCAAGUACACCGUGUCUAGCAUCGCGAUUAAAGGCCUCAACCUGACGUCACCCUCCCCGAUUUCGCCUGAAUUUGACGUCACCAUCCGAGCCGAAAACCCUAACGACAAGAUCGGGAUUUACUACCGGAAAGGAAGCUCCGUUACCGUUUUCCACUCCGACGUCAAACUUUGUGAGGGUGCAUUGCCGACGUUUUACCAGCCGUCAAAUAACGUGACGGUAUUCCCUACGGCGUUGAAGGGGUCAAACGUCGCGCUGGGUAGCGCCGUUAAGUCGGUCCUAGCGAAUCAGCAGCGCCAAGGGGGAGUGCCGUUUAGGUUGAACAUAAAAGCGCCCGUUAAGAUUAAGAUUGGUGCCGUUAAGACGUGGAAAAUCACCGUUAAGGUUAAGUGUGACGUCACGGUGGAUGCUUUGACUGAGAAAUCCAAUGUUAUAUCGAAGGAUUGCAAGUAUAGUGCGAGGCCAUGGUAGUGAGAUCAGCAUUUUUCAUUUUAAAUUUUAUUUUUAUAGUUGUGAAUUAUAUACAGACCCUAAUACAUAGAAUAUAGUCUUUUGUGAAAUUACGGAUGUACGCAUAUAAUAUUGACACAAAUAAAAUAAAAAUAUUAAAUAAUAAUCGGGAAAUUAUUUCACGUUCGUA